AUGAAGGAAAUAGUUCAUAUAUUAGAACGAGACGUUAUUGAUAUACAAGAUGUGAUCGUAUAUAAACAACGUCUACCAUCUUCAUCAUCCUCAUCAUCAUUGACAAUUCGACGUCCAUCACCUGUUUCAUUUGAUUUUACACGUUUAAAUUUAUGUAAAAAUUGUCAUCGUUCAUCAAUUAAUUUUUCAUGUCAUGUACCUUUAACAAGUUUUACUCGUAUACCACAACGAUAUUUUCCUUCUGAUUAUAGUCAAUCAAAUACUUCACAUUAUAUUUAUCGUGGUUGGUCUAAUAGACGAACAUCAUCUUAUGAUAAAAAUAUAACAAAAUAUGAUGUAUAUACACAAACUGAUGAUAGUUUUCUUGAAUUUUCAUCAUUACAAACACGUCUAGCAAUCAAUCAUUCAUUAUUAUCAAUGUUUACAAUGAAUAUGGCAUUAACAAUAAAAUUAUUACUUAAACUUUAUCCAUCAGUUAAUCAUUGUAUAUUAACUGGAGAAUUUUUUCAAUUAGAAAAACAAUCAACACAAGAUUUAACUGUAUUUUUACAAUCAAUUAUUGGACAAAAUACACCAAGAAUAUGUAAAUUAAAACAAGAAUCACUUAUAUCAGCAGUUGGUUGUGCACUUCCUCGAGUCUAUUUUGAUGUUAUUGAUGAAGAAGGAAUUUUAGGAAAUGAUUGUAUUAGUUAA